AUGAAGACAAAAACGAGCCGGAAAUCCUCUUCCGACUCAUACAGUAUAGAUUCACUUGAAGCUACUGACUCCAAUGCUGAGAAUCAGCAUGAUAUACUGCCUUAUUUCAACGAUGUUCCACUUCAAAAUAUUUCCCAGGAACCCACGCGACGAAGUGCCAUCUCUUCAAUUUUGGAGGCAAUUGACGACGAAAACCAACAAACAAGAAAUGGGGCUACGAGUCUGUAUAGCAACGAUAGGGUCAUUCCAAUUGAUGAUUCUACCAUAAUGGAGGCCGUCGAUUUAGCCGUGCAUAAGGUUAAAACUGGGGCACAUGAAUGUGAUGAUGACUCAGCCGAGAAGAUUUCACUAAUCUCCGAAACGCCAGAAAAAAAUGUAAUUGACCAACCACCAGAUGGGGGAAUCACUGCGUGGUUGACUGUCACCGGUGCUUGUCUGUUUGUCAUGUCAACUUGGGGUGCCAAUGCUGCAUAUGGAGUUUUUCUAAACUACUAUUUGACUAAUCAUAUCUUCUCGGGUGCAACUCCAUAUGAUUUUGCUUUGAUCGGUGGAAUGGUUAUUUUUUUAGCUCAGGUUUUAGCUCCGGUUGCUAUGAUCUUGCAACGGACAUUCGGUUAUUACCCGGCAGUCAUCUUUGGAAUCGUUGUCCAAUUUACUGGAUGGUUUACCGCAAGCUAUGCUAAGACUAUAUGGCAUUUGUACCUAAGUCAGGGAGUCUGUGUCGGUCUGUCGGCCUCAUUUUUGUUUGUCCCUGUGUCGACUCUCAUUCCGGAAUAUUUUAUGAAAAACAGGGCAUAUGCAAUGUCUAUCGCUGUAGCGGGAAGCGGUUUUGGAGGUGUGUUAUUUUCCCUUUCCGUCAAUGCUGUAAUUGACCGAGCAGGUGACCAAAGGUGGGCUUUGAGGAUGGUAUGUUUUGUGGUAACCUUCAUAUCUGUCAUUGGCUUGAUCAUUUCUAGGCCUAGAGUUCAUCGUCCUAGAAUUACCAACUCUCUGGACCUUAAAGCCCAAUGCAAGAUUAUCUUCAAUUUCCGAAUAGCUUUGAAACAGCAAGUCUGUCUUGUUGCUUCCUGGUUUGCAAUAGUAAACCUUGGUUAUGUUGUCCUUUUGUUUUCAAUUUCUCCUUUUGCAACAAUGAUCUGUGGGCUUUCAGCCAAACAGGGAUCAAUUCUCACUGCUGUAAUGAACACCGGCCAAAUUGUAGGAAGGCCCUGCAUGGGGCUUAUGGCAGAUCGCUUCGGCCGUUUGAAUUUUACCAUAACGAUCAACCUUUUUGUAGCUAUUCUCAUUUGGGGUUGGUGGAUUCCUGUACGUUCAUUUGCAGCCCUUCUACCUUUCUCAUUCAUACUUGGAGCUGUCAUUGGAAUUGGCAGUGUAAUGAAUGCAGUACUAACUGCAGACUCCGUUUCUACAACUCAAUUCCCUGCCGCGUGGAGUUUCGUCAACAUAGUUGGUGGAUGUCUGAGUUUGAUUGCAGAAGUCAUGGCUCUUGGCAUAAGAGAUUUUUCCAUGUCGAAUCCUUUCCUGAACACUCAAAUCUUUUCGGGAUUUGCGUUCUUUAUUGGCGUAAUCUUACUACUGGCUUUACGUCAGUGGAAAAUUUACCGUCUACUAGUUCAAAGACAAUCACAUAACGAGUCUCAAUUACAAGAGAUUAAUUCUAAAUCGAACUUGGAAUGCACAGAACUUACAGAGGAUUACGUACCUUACGAAAUCAUGAUCAAAAGAAAACAAAAGUACGAUGUUUUACUGAAAGAUGGGAUCAAAGCAUAUAUUCUACGGACUUUAUACCCAAUAAAGACCUAG